GCCCUCCGCUCCCAGCAUCCGCGCAGGCAGCGCAGGCUGGCGGGCGGGCGGGCUGGCUUCGCCGCUUGCGCGCCCUUGAGAUGGUUCAGAUAUCGCGGGCGAGGGCGGCUUUAGGCUCUUCUUUCCAUCCCACCCCAAAACAUCUUCUUUCCUUGCAUUGUAACGCUCUGGGCUGCCGCUCCAGCUAGCCGCUAGUCCUGGAUCCUAGGUCGCUGAGUUCGACAUCAACUGCAGGUCGAGGCCCUUCCAUUCGUUGAACUGGUGAUCUUGGAAACGGAGCGAGUCAUUGAGACGAGGAUCGUCCGUGCAAUAUCUCGUUCCCCGUGGGUGGAAGUCCAUUGGGCUGGUCGUGAUAUUAUUGAUUAGGGACUUGACUGCGAGGGCAGUGAAGCAGUACGCAAGAAAGCCCGGAUAAGGGAGUUUAUAGUGGGUGCCAAAAAUAUUGGAGGGCGUAUAUUCCGGGCGGACUUCCAUAUUUUGUGUCGUGUUGGUGGGAGCUGUAUGAUUGUGUGUUUAGACGAGAGUCCGUGACCAAAGGGAUUACUUACAAAUUGCAGUCCUAUAAUUACGGUAAAUUUCUAUCUAUCUGGCUUAGUAAGGAAUUGCUAGUUGGGCUCAUUCAGGAUGAAUGUGGAGUGACAGUACAAUUUGGGGUUUUGCGCCUUUAUGUCUGCACACCUACUAUCUGACAACACUAGUCUGCUUACUUUAAUUCUGUCUCAAGUUUCCCACUCUCCUCGCGUCUCUAUUGUACCGGAGGCAUUGUGCAUUCUGACCACUCGACAGAAGACAUCAGAGGAAAACAGGAAAAGUGGACUGGACAAACGUCUUCUAGCUCUACUCUGAGAAAGACCAUACCACGCUGUAUCGAUUGCUCAUUGCGCAGGCUUAUACUACUUCUCUGCUGCUGUCCGUGUAGCGUGUGUACUUCAUAGAUUCUUCCACUCAGAGGAGACUAUGGAAUUGGUAGCAGCGUCGGUGUCUAAGGUGGUCCUUCCUCGAGCCAAGUGUGCUGCUUCAUCUGAAAUUCCCACUCACUUUUCUGGGGCGGCUGUGAAACUUGAUCCGAAGCGGCCGAGCAAUAGCAUUGUUUAUGAUAUCAAGGCGACAGUCUCGACUCAGCCGAGAGCACCGGAGACCGAAAAGGAUAAUAUCAAUAAUUCGAAGCCACAAGUAACUCCGUAUCAGUUGUGGACCCGGAAGUCAUCUCCAAGUCAUGUUUCUGAGGAGAAGCUGGCGGUGGUGAGGGGCAUGACAUCAUGGGCAACAGAGAACCUUCUUCCCCUGCUGAAGCCAGUGGAGAAAUGUUGGCAGCCUCAGGAUUAUCUUCCUUCUUUCUCUUCCCCCACAUUCAGCGACGAAGUGAGGGCUCUCCAGCAGCGCACUGCCAACCUGCCGGACGAUUAUCUGGUAUGUCUCGUGGGAGAUAUGAUCACUGAGGAAGCGCUGCCCACUUAUCAAACCAUGCUGAACACGUUCGAAGGGGUGAGAGAUUCGACGGUUUGUAGCCCUGAGCCCUGGGCUGUUUGGCUACGUGGGUGGACUUCAGAAGAGAGCAGACACGGAGAUCUUCUGAACAAAUACCUCUACCUUUCGGGAAGAGUUGACAUGCGAAUGAUUGAGAAGACUACACAGUACUUGAUCGGUUCUGGCAUGGCUCCUCAAAUCAACAACGACCCAUAUAACGGGUUUAUCUACACGUCCUUCCAAGAGCGAGCAACGUACAUCUCCCAUGACAACACAGCUACUCACGCCAAGCAAUUCGGAGACAGCAAGCUCGCGACAAUCUGCAAAAUGAUCGCAGCCGACGAGAAAAGGCACGAGAUUGCGUAUACGCGAGUGAUGAGCAGAAUUUUUGAACUAGAUCCGAGCGGAUCAAUGCUGGCAUUCGAAGACAUGAUGAAGAAGAAAAUUACAAUGCCGGCGCACCUGAUGUUUGACGGGGACGACGAAAAACUGUUCGAAAACUACGCUCAAGUGGCUCAGCGACUUGGGGUCUACACCGCUGCGGACUAUGUGAGCAUCAUGGAGCACCUGAUCCGAACGUGGAAGGUGGAAAGCUUGGUCGGACUGACGCCCGAGGCCCAGAGAGCGCAAGACUUCGUGUGCAAUCUGCCCACACGCUUCCGCAGACUAGCAGAGCGAUCCCAAACUAUGACCAAAAGGCGUGGGCCUCCUGUCUCCAAGAGUUUCAGCUGGGUAUUCAACAAGGAGAUCAAGCUGUUAUAGAUUAUUCUUGUCGUCUUUCGUAGAUGAGCCCCGAUACGCACCGAGUUUCAUGGGGUUGAGAUUAUGGAGCAUAGCUUUCACCUGCACACAUCUAUACGUACAUAUCCCUCUACCCAUAUAGUUACACUCCACAUACUCAUCCUACCGCUCAGAUCACCCCUCUGUAGGAGUCCUCAUACGCUUCAGCAAGAGCAGUGGCUUCUUACAUGUACAACAGCCGUACAAUAUUAUCAGGAUGGUAGAGAGUCUUUAGAUCCGUCCAGUCUUUAGAUCUUACAAUAUUUCAGAAUUUCAAGAAUUCACUCUUCUGUCUUUUCGAACUCUUGUUUUCAUUUCAGACUUAGGAACUCAGCGAGCCGCCUAUUCAUUUUUAUCGUAAGGGUAGAUUCUAGGCACAGAGGUGAACUAGGAACGGUCCAAUUUCGAAAUGUGUAAAAGCACUGUGGCAAUUAAAACAAUCUGCAAGCAGCUUUCUCUUCUCU